GAGUGAACUUUGAACCGAACCGGACGAACAGAACCGCGCUUUCUUUGGGGGUAGGACUUCUACUUGAGCCCCUCUAGGGAUCAUUGGCAGGUGGUAUAAAUUCCGACGUUUUGUCCACACAUAAUGAAUCACACAAGUGUCAUCACCGAUAAAACAAGCGUUCCCAUGGUGACAGCUGCAACCAGCCUGAUAAAAAGUCAAAUCGCAGUGAUCCUUGCUAUCUGAAAUUCCAACCCAGUAAAAAGCAAUCGUAGCAGGCGUGACAGUGCAUGCAUUUAAGCUCAAUUUCAAAGCAGUUUUUUCGACAGUUUUGUGAACGGUGCAUGGGAAUCGCUCGAUGUGCACCAGCUGAUCAAACAUAACCUCCAAAACUGGGUGGUAAAGGCAGCAGAAAGCAUCAUCGCCAUCAGAGGGCGGAAAAAGCGAGAAGAUUUUUUAGUUUCAGUGUGUAAAGAGAAAAAGUUCCCAAAACAAACAUGUCGCUCACGGUGCGGAUCAACAAAUUUCAACUCCCAAAGGCGAAAAGCAACCUGCUCGGGCGAGUGGAGUUCAGGGGUGUGGCCCACACAACCACUGAACUGAACUGUAGCACUGAAUUUGUGGAUGUUAAUCAGAGCUUCAUAUGGCCGCUGGCACGGCCGGCCGACGAGGACGAAGCGGUGAUUGUCGAGCUGCGCCAGCAGACGACCAAGAUUCUGCUCAAAACCGGCAUCGGCGGUUCGGCAACGAGUCGAGGCGGAAGUCGCGGAACCAUCACCAGCAGCACCAAAAUCAUCGGCCGGUACGUGAUGCUGAUGCAAGGUUUGCUCCGCGAGGGACGCCUCCACGUUCAGGAUCGCCUGGUGGACCUUUCCAACAAGCCAAUCGAUGCCUAUGUCAGCUUCGACGUGAGCUACCAGAGUCCGGACGACGAAGCCGGCAACUUCGACUCGUCGCACGUGGUCCGAACGUUACGCCAGCAGUCCGGCAGCAGUAUCGACGACGAUCAGCAAAUGCUGCUGGACAUCGAGCAGAACAUUGCCAACCUGGAGAAGAGUUUAACGCAAGGUGAUGGCAGUUCUCCGCAAGUUCCGGGCCGAAGUUCUUUCUCCGGAAAUGGAGGGGGUGGAGGGGGUAAUGGUGGCGGUGGAAGCAGCAAAACGAACAUCCUGAAGCGGGUCAUGUCCUCCGGAUCAACUUCGCUGCAUGAAAAGAGUCAAUAUCCAGCGGUCAAAUACGACAGGGCUUCCUCAGACAACGAAUCCUCCCAAGCCAAGCCGGCCAAGUCCAUUUCGGACAAGAAGGUCACCCUGCGGACGGUGCGGAACUUCAUGAAGCUCGGACGAUCGAGGCAUCCCUCGAGGGAAAGUCGGGACAGCAGCACGGAAGAUGAAGGUCGAUCGUUGAUUACUGAUUCUGAGGACGCCUUGGCGGCUGCCGGAGGUCCGGCCAGUAUGGGUCAGCUGAGCAGCAGCCAUGGGAACGAUCUGUCCACAACGGCCGUCACAAGUCCGAGUACGGUCGGGGGGACUGGCCUGCCUGGAUACGAGAACUUGUCCCAGGCUUGCAGUACCCACUCGAAUGCUUCUAGCGACGGGGACGAGAACACCAACAACGAGAAGCUGAAGAAGAUCAAAAACUUGGCCAAGUGCAACGACCAUCUCAAAUCGCAGGACUUCCAGGUGUGCGUGACGAUCAUCGAGGCGAGGCAGCUCCCGGGCUUGAACAUGGACCCGGUCGUGUGCAUCCAAGUAGGCGAUCAGAAGAAGUACACCAGCGUGAAGGAGAGCACCAACUGUCCGUACUACAACGAGUACUUCGUCUUUGAUUUUCACAUGCCUCCGGUGAUGCUGUUCGACAAAAUCAUUACGCUAUCUGUGCUUCAAAAUCGAGGCGUUUUCCAAACAAACAAACUCGUCGGAUCGUUCAAGUUGGACGUGGCCACGCUUUGGCAUCAGAAAGACCACCAGUUCUACCACAAGUGGGCGCUGCUGACCGAUCCCGAGGACUUCGUUUCCGGUCCGAAGGGGUACCUCAAAUGUGACGUCGGCAUCAUCGGCAAGGGCGACACGGUCAAAGUUCCUCCCAAGUCCGAGAAGGACCCGGACGACAUCGAGGCAAAUCUCCUGCUUCCGGACGGAGUUCCCAUCGAACGGCAACGGGCCAAGUUCAUCGUGAAGAUCUACCGAGCCGAUGGCCUUCCGCGGAUGAACUCCUCGCUGAUGGCGAACGUCAAGCGGGCAUUCACCGGAGAGGCUAAGGACUUGGUCAACCCAUACGUCCAGGUGUCCUUCGCUGGAUUGACCGGCAAGUCCACCGUCAAGAAGGCCUCCUACAGUCCGGUGUGGAACGAGCAGCUGGUGUUCACGGAGAUGUUCCCGCCCCUUUGCCAACGGAUCAAGGUACAGCUACGGGAUGCGGACCCCAUGAAGCCGUCGAUCAUCGGUACGCACUACAUCGAUCUGAAGCAGAUCUCCAACGACGGGGAGAAGGGCUUCCUGCCGACGUAUGGGCCUUCGUUUGUGCAUUUGUACGGUUCGACGAGGGACUACAACCUGCUGGAUCAGCACUCGAAUCUGAACACCGGGCUGGGCGAGGGGGUGAGCUACCGGGCGCGGUUGCUGAUCGCCAUCCGGACCGAGAUCACCGACAAUGUGGAGCUGUUUACGGAUAAGAAUGUCGAGCUCGAGUCCACCCUGCCCAUCUCGGAAUCCUCCUACUGCAAGAACGACGACUUCUUCCUGUUCGGCACCGUCCUGGAGGCGUCGAUGAUCGACCGAAAGGUGUGCGACCGGCCGGUGUUCUUCGAGCUGAGCAUGGGCAACGCCGGCAACUCGCUGGACGGGCACAACGAGAGCGCCACGAACAUGAGCGACGACGACGAGCUGGAAGCGGUGGAUACGACCUCGUACAGCAGUACUACAAGUGCCUCGAAGCCGAUCACGCACGACAAGAACCACUUCUUCCUGCCGUACUGGGACAACAAACCGUGCAUGGACGUGCGGUGCUCGUUUCCGGACCUGAGGCGGCGGAUGUACAACAGCAACAUGAUAGCGAAGAUCACCGAGCGGAUGGAGAUCGGACUGGCGGAGACCAAUCUGCUCAUUGAGGAUGAAGAUCCGACGGCGGAGGUGAAGCUAAGGGCGGUACUGGAAGAGGUGGCAACGAGCUGUAACAAGUACGUCCAGAUUACGAAGGGUGCGUUGGUUGGACCGGGAACGGGUAAGACAAAAUUGGACAAGGAGCGGAUGAAGCUAUGUCAGAGGGAAGUUGAGUCGAUCGGGAACAUGUCGCGGAAUCUACGGGCACUGGUGACCAAGAGUUCGAUGAAGGAACGUUACAAGACGGCUCAUACCUACUUGGGUAAGUUGAAGUUCUUGAUAGAUGAUCCUCAGCACGCGUUGCCGGAUGUGUUUAUCUGGAUGGUGGCAAAUGGGAAACGCGUGGCGUAUCACAGGAUCAGUGCCAGGGAUUUGAUCUACUCCACGAUAGAGGAGGAAACGGGAAUUUACUGUGGGAAGGUUCAGACGAUCUUCCUGAAGUUGCCGGGUAAGCAGGCGGAGGGUCCAGCAGGGUGGCAGGUGAGAGCAAAGCUGCACAUCUACCUCUGGCUAGGGGUGUUGAAACACAAGAAGUCGUUCUACGCUGGGUUGCCGCGAGGGUACGAGCUAUCGUACGAGCUGAAGAACGCGGACAAGCCUAAUGUGUCAGCUCCGACGGAUGUGCGUUACUUGGACAAGCACGUGUUUCAGCUGCGGGCACAUGUCUAUCAGGCGAGGUCGUUGAUCGGAUCGGAUGCCUCGGGAUUGAGCGAUCCGUACGCUACUGUUUAUAUUACGGAGUUCUCGCGAACUACGCAGGUAAUCGAGGAAACGCUGAGCCCAACGUGGGACGAGCAGCUGGUGUUCGACGACAUUGUGAUCUACGGUGCGAAAGAGGAGAUCAAGAAGGAUCCUCCAACGAUUGUGAUAGAUAUCUAUGAUCAGGAUAAAGUUGGCAAGUCUGAAUUCAUCGGAAGGGCGUUGGCUAAGCCGAGGAUCAAGCUGAAAGAUAACCACUACUCGAACCCGGUGCUUGAGUGGUUUGAGAUCACGCGGGGACUGGACAAUGCUGGAGAACUGUUGGCGGCCUUUGAAAUGCUGGAGCUAGGAUCGGACGACAUCCCAAGACUGACGGAUCCGAAGUACAUCGCGACGGAAUUCCGAGGUGAUAAGACAGGACCAUCGACGAUGACGAUCCUUCCAGUACCGAGAGAGGUUCGACCGAACUUAGCCCGGUUCCGCAUCGAAGUUCUGUUCUGGGGUUUGCGGGAUCUGAAGCGGGUACACUUCAUGACGGUGGAUAAGCCGCGGAUAGACAUCGAAUGUUCGGGGAAAAUACUCAACUCCAGCAUCAUCCAGAACGCUAAGAAGAAUCCAAACUUUGCCAACAUGCUCAAGUUCUUUGAUCUGGAACUUCCGCUUGAGGAACGGUACGCUCCACCCAUUACGAUUCGUGCCGUAGAUUGUCGAUCAUUCGGACGAUACACCCUCGUAGGAACCCACCAAAUAACAUCCAUUCACAAGUACAUGCAUCGACCUCCUCCGAAGGACGACACAAGGCGUAUGAAUCAGAACGGUCAAAUAGUGCUGUCAAAGCAAAAGGACAUGAUAGGUAACAAUACGACGAUGCCCAACGAUAGUUCCAUGAUGAAAUCGAUCUCUGGCGACAACCUCACGCUGUACGGAGCUGCCUGCGUAAGCAAAGUAGUCAAAAGCAAGAAAACCAAGCGGAAACUGGAACAUGAAGACACCUUUGAUGCAGAGGACGACGAUGAAUCCAGCAAAGACUGGUGGACUAAGUACUUCCUAUCGUAUGAGCGACUGAUUGAAGCCUCGAAGCCAUCGGCAAGCUCCCGAGCGCUGGAGAACCACAUUCCAACAGCCGAAGGUGGCAAAAAAUUGGGCGUGAAGACGUCCAAACUGGUGUCCAAGCUAAGUCCGAAAUCAACCCCGAAGAAGAUAGCCAGUUCGAACACUGCCACCUGCCACAUCUAUCCUACCGAACUGGAAACGCUACCCGAGUACAACAACUUCAAGGAAUGGCUCCUAUCCUUCCCGCUGUAUCGAGGCAAGAAGACCGGUGACAGCACAGAAGAUGAAAACCGAAUAGUGGGCUUCUUCAAGGGAGCGAUCAAGGUGUACAAGCUUCCGAUCGAGAAGGGAAUGGAGCCUGCCUUCGCCCCAACGCUUCCUCUGAACGAUCCGAUCCACGUUCUGGUUCGGGUCUACAUCGUCAAAGCCACCGACCUGCAUCCGAUGGAUUUGAACGGCAAGGCCGAUCCGUACGUAGUGCUCCAGCUGGGCAGUAAACGGAUUUCCGACAAGGAGAACUACGUCAGCAAGCAGCUGAACCCGGUGUUCGGCAAGUGUUUCGAAAUCGAGGCGACCUUCCCGCAGGACUCGAUGCUAACGGUGCAAAUCUACGACUGGGACCUGGUGGGAUCGGACGACCUGAUCGGUGAGACAAAGAUCGACCUGGAGAACCGCUUCUACAGCAAACACCGAGCGAUGUGCGGGAUUGCCGCACGCUAUGAAGACACUGGGUACAAUCAGUGGCGCGAUCCGAUGAAGCCAACGCAGAUCCUCACCAAGUUGUGCAAGGAGAACAAACUGGAACCACCGCAGUACCAGCAGGAUCGAGUCUCGAUCGGUCGGUACUGCUUCACGUUCACCAACGAGGAGAUCCAGACGUGGAAUCAACCGACGACGUGUAAGUUCCGCGACGAGCAUCUGGCCCUGGCCGUCCUGCACCGGUGGGAUGAAGUUCCUCGAGUUGGUUGUAAGAUUGUUCCGGAGCACAUCGAGUCCCGAUCGCUGUACAGCGCGGAUAAGCCGGGAAUUGAACAGGGUAAACUGGAGAUGUGGGUCGACAUGUUCCCCAUGGAUAUGCCCCUUCCGGGACCCCCGGUCGACAUAUCGCCUCGCAAACCCAAGUCCUACGAGCUGCGGGUGGUCAUCUGGAAUACGGACGACGUAGUGCUGGAGGACGAUGCGUUCUUCACCGGCGAAAAAAUGUCCGACAUCUACGUGAAAGGAUGGCUCAAAGGUCCGCAGGACAUUCAGGCGACGGACAUCCACUACCGCUCCCUCACCGGCGAAGGCAACUUCAACUGGCGCUUCAUCUACCCGUUCGAAUACCUGGCGGCGGAAGAACGAAUCGUCCUCUCCCGGAAGGAGUCCCUCUUCAGCUGGGACGAAACCGAGGUCAAGAUCCCGGCCCGCCUGGAACUCCAGGUGUGGGACGCGGAUCACUUCUCGGCGGACGACUUCCUGGGAGCGAUCUCCCUCAACCUGAACCGCUUCCCGCGGGGUGCCAAGUCAUCCAAACUGUGCACCCUGGAUAUGCUCAAGACGGACAACGUGCCGACGGUGAACAUCUUCAAGCAGAAGCGCGUCCGCGGUUGGUGGCCGUUCUUCAUCAAGAAGGAGAACGACGAAAUGGAGCUCACUGGGAAGGUCGAGGCGGAGAUUCACCUGCUGACGAAGGACGAGGCGGAGAAGAAUCCGGCCGGGUACGGGCGGAACGAGCCGGAUCCGCUGGAGAAACCGAACCGCCCGGACGCGUCCUUCAUGUGGUUCCUGAACCCGCUCAAGUCGAUCCGGUACAUCAUCUGGCACAACUACAAGUGGCGCAUCAUCAAGGGCCUCAUCAUCAUCGGGCUGGCCAUCCUGAUACUGCUGUUCUUCUACGCCAUCCCGGGCUACUCGGUCAAGCGGAUGCUCGGGGCGUAAAUGGGUUUCCAACUUUAUUUUCCAAAGAUUACAUAUUCCGUUUCAAGACUGUACUUUACUUGGAUAGUUUGACGCUUUUCGUUUUUGUGCCGAUCAAAGUAGGCAACUUAACCUCAUUUACAAUUUUCACGAUUCCUUUGAUCUUUUGGUAGAAACUUUAUGAAAAUAACAUCGAACAGCAGCACAGCGCUAUUGCAUAUCAGUAUUAAUCGUUGAUGGUAACGAAUCAAAGUAGGCCGUGGUGUACAAAGAUUAGAACGAAUUCUCGAUAAACAAAACAAUGACGAUUUUUGUAAAUAGAGUGACCAGAGCGUUUAUCGUUUUUUCCAAUCAAAGUCAUUUAGAAGUUUCUCUUUAGGAUUUCAUCCACUUUUGAGCCGCACGUAGCGAACGGAAUUCAGAAUCAGAUACCUUUCAAUCUUUUCAACAAUUCAAUUUUUGCCAAUCAUUCAAUCUUUGCAAAGCAAAAUGGCGCUACUUUUGAGCUUACUUAGAGCCGAUAGUUAGUGUGCGAUCAAACUAAUGGAUAGAUAUAUCAAAUUCCCAGGCAUAUCGCACGAAACCUUAUACAGACAGUAGCGAACUAGAGUGAG